GAGAGAUGUGUGUGUGAGAGAGAGUGAGAGAGAGCACUAAAAGACACGCAUUCGCAACCACACACAGAGUGAAAUCUUUUCUGCAGCAGGACGGCAGGGACAAGGAUUACUCCAAUUUUAGACUCUUUAUCCCAGGGUUCCGAACCAAAAGAGAAUGUAAGAGUCAAAUGGAGACAGACGGGUGAUUCUGUGAGGUGUAAUAUCUUCCAUGUGUCAGCAUGACCCCUCAAGGUGGAGCACUCCUGCUGGUCUUUGGCUUCUUGCUGUGUGGUAGUCUGUGUGCUGCUGUGUCUCUAAAUAGAAAUGGAAGAUCCCAGUCUUGGACCAACACGGACAAAUUCGCAGAGCCAGCUAGCAGCCCACCAUGGACAUCCUGGCCCAACAAAGUGGACUUGACUACUCCAAGCUUCCUCAAUUUAUCCCUAAGUGUAUUACAAUCAGAGGAGUCUAGCACAGACCAUGAGGGUCCAGAGGUCUCAGUGGAUGAUGAUGGUUUGUCAAGACCUUCUGCUUCAAGGACACCAUGGAUCAAGACUUUCCCUGAGACUGAUAUUCCUUCAGACAUCCAGCGGGAUGAAGAGGGACCUGAAACGGAAGAGUCCGAUUGGCCUGAUCUUAGCAGAAAGGGCCGUACUGACCAAUCAUCUGAAACGUCUUCAUUGACAACACUGCAGCCUUCAACUUAUGCAGACUCUAAGACUUGGAGUACAAAGUUCAAGACACCUAUAGCCUGGAAUACAGAGACAUACAUGUCUCAGGAUGAGCAGAGAACAUCUGAAACAAGAUUUAGCACUUACCAGACACUGAGGACAUCUUCUAGUACAGCUGAGAUGCCAUAUGCCAGAGGAACCUUAGAUGGUACCAAUUUGCCAAGAGGGCUGACAGACUAUCUGUGGCCAUCUGAGGAAACAAAGGAUUUGACAGAUGCCCCUACUGUUAGUCUGACUGAGCAGACGUUCAAUAUGACAAGAAUUGACUAUGAAAGAGAGGACAGUGUGAAAACUGAGGCUGUAGACCAAAUGACAAUGGCGCAAAAUGGGCAAACAACCGCCAUUGUGAUCGAGGCCACUGAAACACAUCCUCCAGCUUCUCCAGCUGCUGACUGGCAUGAGUCCACCACACUUCCGGACUGCAACCUGGUUGUCAAUGGGAUCUGUCAGCCCUCUGACACUUUCAAGAAACAGGCUUCAACUAACAACACUCUGUCGACUCCACCCCCUGUUUCUGAAACUACACCCCCUGGAGUCAUAACCCCACCCAUUGAUGCCCUGACCCCUCCUCUACUGGUCCCUCUGCUCACUGACUGGAAUGCCGCCAUGGCAACAUGGGGCUUGGCAUGGGAGCUGCAGGUUUACGGUCUCGGCUGCGUGUUCUCUCUUGUGGCUGUGCUGUCUGCGCUCAGCCUGAUGUGUCUGCCGUUGCGUUGGCCCUCUGGCUGUGCCCACUUCAGCCUUCUCCACAUCCUCCAACUGCUGACCGGUUCCAGUCGUGCUUUGUGGCUGCUCUAUGACCCAUAUGGCCAAAAAGAGCGCCUCCCGGUGGCCUGGGCGCGACUGCUGCACGAGGCCGCCUAUCCUUGUCUUACAGCAGCGUUUGGAUUGCUGUUGCUACUGCUUACCGCACGGUCUUGCACACAGCUACUCUCCCAAAACACUCUGCAGCGCAGCUCCUGCCUGUUGGCUGCACUGGUGUUGCUGCAUGUCGCUGCCGUGAUGGUUUCCGUGGCGAUACUGCAGUUGUUUCCCACCCUCCAAGUUGUGCCUCUGAUACCACCUGCGGCCUUCUUGUUGAUGUCCACUCUUUUGCCAUUCACGUAUCUGCUUUUGUACUUCUGUGCCCGUGCGGAUGCCAAGCACAUCUACCGGCUAAGCAACAGUUCACCAGAGCAUCCGCUGUGCCACACCAGCCGGUGUCCGUACAUAGAGGCACGUAUGUGGGAAAGGGCGGCCAGGGCAGGAGUGUUCUCUGCCCUAUUUCUUCUAGCAUGCGGUGGCCUAAGACUCUAUGCCAUGCUAAAUGCAGGAGGACUAACUGAUUCCGCCAUGAUUGGCCUGAUGCCAUGGCCAUGGUUGGGUUUUCAGCUCAGCUGCAGAGUGUGUGAAGCGGGCGUGUGUCUCACUCUUGCUCUUGUAAUCACUCACCCACUUCUUUGUUGUGGAAUGCCCCUUUCUAAACCUGUUGGCUGCCGCUGGCUCUUCAAAAAGUCACCUACAGAGGGCACCACAUCCACAACCAAACCCUCCAUUCUCUCUAGUCGCUGUGACUGGUCACUACGGCCUGCAGAGGGCAUUGUUCGGCGGGAAAGUGAAAGUGUGCCACUCUACACCCUGGUAGAGUUACCACACACUGAAUCCGAAGGCUUGGAUCUUCACUAUCCCAGCAGCCCUCAACGUGAGCUUUCCAUACUGAUCACCCAAACAACAAAGCUUGCAAGCUCAGAUGGCGACUCCACGGCAGAUCUGCGGCCUCCUUCGCCCAUUGAUCUGCGUCGGAGCAUUGACGAGGCAUUGAACAGCGAUGCUUUGUUCCAGCAUAGCCUAUUUGGCUCGUCCAGGCUCUCUCUCAGCACUCGUGGGCCUCCAGAUGGACAGCCCUGCCGGGGAAAAUCCACAGAACCCAACCUGUGCCGCACUGCCUCGUGUGGGGAUGUGGACGCCAGGAUUGAGCCCAACCGACCCCGGCAAUGGGGCACUAUAGCAGGGAGACCGUCGCUCACUCAUGGAGGUCAGAUCUCAGUCUAUUGCAGUGGGUUAAACUCGACACAAAAGUCUCAGAGCAGUCUUCACCGGGGCUCUCACACAGGCCAACAACUUCACAGACGGUACACAACUUUGGGAUCUACUUCUUCCAGAGGGAGCCUGGAUGUAGAAACGCGUUCUCAUGCUGAUGAGCUCGCCGUUCAGGCAGAGUUCGUUAAUGUUUGCAGGCAGAUAGAUGCCCUCAGUGUCUGCAGUGAUACGAUUGACCUAUAGGACAAAAAAUUCAACAAACGAUUGCAUUCUAAAUCAUGCAGCUACCUGCAAGUUUAACCUUUAACAUUUUCAAAGACAUUUAACCUUAAAGGAAUGUUCCAGGUUCAGUGUUAGUUGAGCUCAAUAAACAGCAUUUGUAGCAUAGUUUUGAUUUCAACUGGUCCCAUGAUUAUUUAAAAAAAAAAAGCAAAGCAAAAAUUGUGCUUAUAAAAAGACACUUACAAUGGAAGUGAAUGGGGCCAAUCCAUAAACGAUAAAAUACACACAGUUUCAAAAGUAUAGCCGUAAGACAUAAACAUUAUAUGUGUUAACAUGACUACUGAACUACUAAGCCUCUGAUGCUCACUCUUAAUGGACAGAAAUUCUGUGCAGUCUAAAACAUCAAACAUCAGGGGCUCUAUUUUCAGGACCCUGCUAGGCACAACGCAAUGCGCAACAACCGUGUGUCUUAUGACAAGGUGUCAUAAGGUGAUCAAAUGUGUGUGGAUGGGAGUGUUUGCGGUAUCUGUGGGUGUAUGUGUACAAACUGCGGGUGUAUUGUAUGCAAAUGAAGUGUCGCAAAUCACAGUUUUUUGUUUUCCUGAAAAAAAGGUCAUUGCGCUAAGAUGUUUAAUAAGAUGUCUAAUCUCGGCGCAAAGUCUAAACUCAGUUCUUGUAUAUGCAGUUUGGGGAUUCCACCAGAAGAUGAUAUCAAUGAACAUUGGGAGAGGAGCAAAGCUUAUUUCAAGCAGGUGAAACAUGGGCGAGCAGGACUAGAGCCAACAGUCCCAGAGAGGCCAACAGAGAACAUACAACACAUAGGCUACACUACGGUGCAGAGCAGUCCUAAAUACGUGCCUCUGUGAAUAGACACCAGCUGCUGUAGCACGCUGUGCGCUCUGGCGAAUUCUCGCUUAGCCGGUAGCAGGGAAAGCACUGCAUACAGCCCAUUUACACCACCAAAUUGUUAUGAAUGGACUGUCUUCAUCUAUAUCAAUGUCAAUUGACAGAAAAUGGAAUAUAAGAGGACACCGAUGGUGCAAUAACCCGAGAAGAACCUCAGAAUUAAAUUGCACUUGACCCAGCCCAUUAGUGCUUUGCGUGUGCAGUUUGCCAACCCACUUGCGCUUAUCAAAACUUCAUGGCCAUGCCCACUGACUUUGCACACAUGUUGUUUCGCAUAGUGCUGCGCUUAAGGUAUAGCACUCUUAAAAUUGGGCCCUAAAGUAAUCUUAAUGUGCUCAAAAUAUGCUAAAUGCCAUUGGGUGGCAUUUAGUUUAAAUGCACAUAACAAUUAUUCUAGAACAAAAAAAAAAUAAAAAUAAAAAUGAAAAAGAGACUACAUAGGGCUUUUUAAUGCAUCUUUCAGCAAUAAACUAGCACUUAUGAACAUUGCUUUAUAAUAAGAAGUUGGUUUUGUUUUGGUUUUGUAUAGUUUGAUAUAGCAUGCUUCUCCUAAACCAACAUGAUCACACGGGAAGUCGGCAUGCUGUUUCCAAAAGUUCCGGUACCCUAGGAUUGGCAAGAGAAUGCUGACUCACUGACAUGCCUAUCUCCCAUCGGAUAUAUUUGAAACAGCUCAACAACCAUUACUUUCCUUCGUGGCUCGACUGGUAACGCAUUGCGCCAGUUGCAUGGGAGACUACAGUUCAAUCCCCAAUCAAACGAGGACGUUAUCCCAUUUGUAUAAACAAUCACGAGCAUGAUAAGGAGGUUGCAUUUUUAUCCCUAAAAUUGCACUUUGUCUCUACUAAUUGUUAAGGUUAGAUUUGUGUGGUUGGGGGGUAGAAUAAAUAAAAUAAGCAUUUCUCUUCACUGUUUUACAUCCUGUUCAGCUGAAAACAAUUCUUUUUACAACUGGCUUCUGGUGACCUCUCCUGGACAUAAAUGGAUGUCACACUUGUUUAUAUGCUCUGAAACACUUACCGCUUUAGCCUCUAGAGGCAGUGUUUUCAAAUUCGGUCAACGUAUACCAAUUUCGGCUAAAGAAAACUCGCACACUUGCCGAUUUUUAUGUGAGAUCAGGCUGCCUAAACACACAUUCGGCAACAUUUAUGAUGGAGACAUUUGAUUCUACACAACCAAUAUGCAAUGCUUUGCAACAGUUUCAGUAGCGCCCAAACCCACUCCAAUUUAUGGGAGACAAGUCUAUAGCAAAAAGCUGAAUAAAGACAAUAAUAAAGAACUGAAAAUACCUGGAGUUUCAAAUGCUAAAAUAAUGCUUAUCAGCAAUUGUAUGAAUAGUAUAUUUGUACUCACACUGAGUGCACAGUUGAGUGCUACUCAUUAUCUAUUGUUUUCUAAAAGCUGCUUAUAUUUAUUUAAUAGACCUCAAGUCACCAAAACAAUACUUGAUUGAAAUAUUGUCAAUAUUCAACUGCCAAAUUCACAUACAUUUCAUACAGCAGUGGUUCUCAACUGAUUUUGCUUCAGGACUUAGAUUUCAAGAGUCGACCCAACACAGUACCAAAAUGUUGCCAUCAUAAAAUCAUACAAAAUUAAAUGACUUAAUGCUAUUACAAUGUUCAGUAAA